CUGGGAGGUCUGAAGGAGGGGAUGCGGACUGGGUGCAGAGCGAGUGUGGAGGGACGGGACCGUGUCAUUCCGCUCGGAUCCGCCCCGUUAGCAAGGAGGGGGAAGUUUCUCGGACCGGAUCGAAGAAGUUAGCAAUCCAGCAUGUUUCCACUGACUGCGGAAAAUAAACCAGUGGCCCAGUUGUUAUACAGUACUGGUACCUGUCCAAGAUGUAUCUUCAGAUUCUGUGGUGUGGAUUUUCAUGCACCUUACAAACUUAGCCACAAGGAGUUGCUUAAUGAACUACAGAAAUUUUUGGAAACUGAAAAAAAUGAAUUAAAUUUGGAUGUUCCAAACCCACCUCCCAAGAAAAUGAGACUUCAAGAAUUAGAAGAUGGGACCAAAGGCAUUGAUAAUCUGAGUCAAAACGGAGAGGGAAGGAUCUCCCCUGUUGAAGAUGGAAGUUUUGCUUCCCAAAACUCAAAUUUAAAUGUAUGUAAUGUAUGCCUAGGAGUUCUUCAAGGGUUCUGUGAAAAGGAGUUCAUUCAACAGGUGUGCCAAAAGGUUGAGGCUUCUGGGUUUGAAUUCACCAACUUGGUGUUUUCUGUCUCCUUCCCACCACAGCUGUCAGUCAGAGAGUAUGCAGUAUGGUUGCUGGUAAAACAGGAAAUGGGAUGUGCAACAGAGCCUGGCAGAAAGCAGAGUCUGUCGCUGGGAAGAAAUGAUAUAGUUCAGCUAAAAGAAGCCUACAAGUGGAUAACUCACCCCCUGUUUUCAGAGGAACUGGGUAUUCCCAUUGAUGGAAAGAGCUUGUUUGAAGUCAGUGUGGUCUUUGCUCACCCAGAAACAGUUGAGGAUUGCUACUUUCUACGUGCAUUAUGCCCUGAUUGCUUCAAGCCAGCCAAAAACAAACAGUCAGUAUUCACUAGAAUGGCGGUUAUGAAAGCUUUGAAUAAAAUAAAAGAAGAGGAUUUCCUCAAACAAUUUCCUUGUCCUCCGAGUUCACCAAAGGCUGUUUGCUCUGUUCUUGGAAUCGAAUGUGCCCAUGGUGCUGUUUUUGUGGCUGGAAGAUACAAUAAAUACUCCAGGAAUCUACCACAAACUCCUUGGAUAAUUGAUGGAGAAAGAAAGCUGGAAUCUUCAGUGGAAGAAUUAAUUUCAGAUCAUCUUUUGACAGUAUUCAAAGCAGAGAGUUUUAAUUUUUCAUCCUCUGGAAGAGAAGAUGUAGAUGUGAGGACUUUAGGAAAUGGAAGGCCCUUUGCAAUUGAGCUGAUGAAUCCUCAUAGAGUACAUUUCACUUCACAAGAAAUUAAGGAACUUCAGCAGAAAAUUAAUAGUUCGUCUAACAAAAUCCAAGUUCGUGACUUGCAGCUUGUCACAAGAGAAGCAAUAGGACAUAUGAAAGAAGGUGAAGAGGAAAAGACCAAGACCUAUAGUGCCUUAAUAUGGACAAAUAAAGUCAUACAGAAGAACGAUAUUGAAUUCUUAAAUGAAAUAAAGGACUUAAAGAUUGACCAGAAAACCCCUCUCCGUGUCCUUCACCGGCGGCCCCUGGCUGUGAGAGUGCGCGUCAUCCACUCCAUGGAGACACACUACGUGGACGAGCACCAUUUUCGCCUCUACCUUAAGACUCAAGCUGGAACCUACAUUAAAGAAUUUGUGCAUGGAGACUUUGGGAGAACGAAGCCGAACAUUGGCUCACUGAUGAAGGUCACCGCAGAUAUACUUGAGCUAGAUGUUGAGUCUGUAGAUGUCGACUGGCCGCCUGCUCUGGAUGACUAGCUUUCAGACACAGAAAUGAAGUAUUUUCUGGAACUCUGUGGACAUCCAUUGAGUAUGGACUAUAAAAUGGCUGUUUGCCCAUCAUUCACAGUGUCUUGGAAACUAUCUGGAUCAUGUUGAUCUGUAUAUAUUUUUUUAAUUUGUUAUAACAUCUCAGGAUCUACAUAUGUGUAUAUUUCGUUGUACCGUUCUAAAGAAUGUCAUGAUUUUUCUUGUUCCCUUUCCCAGUUCUCAUAAGUCAAAUUAUAAAAUCAAUUUUUUCUUAUUCUUUCAUUUAAAGAGGUAUACAAAACAGGAUAUAUUUUCUGAAAAGCUGUGAUUUCAUUACUUGAUCUUAGCCAAAGGCCAAGAAGUGAUGAAAACCUGUAAUUUCAGCAAUAUUUUUACAAGACAGACCAUGUUUACAAUCAUUUUAUAAAUUUUAAAAAUAAUUUUGACAAAGGGUAUGUCUAGAUUUAUGUAGCACAGCAUGCUAUUAUGUCAGAUGAUAUCAAAUGCAAAUCUGUGACAUCAUUUAUAUUUUCCCACUAAGCUUCAAGCCAAGGUAUUGCCAAGAGAAAUUAUUUUUAAUCUGUCACAAAUAUUAAUCACUUCAAGUUACUAUUUUGACAAUCCAGAUUGUCAGUAAUUCCUAGGGAGGGAAAAAUGAAACUUUAGGAAUACCAGGCAAAGAAAUAUUCAUUAAUGUUUUAAACAACAAAACACAAGUGCCUUCAAUAACCUCAUCCCAGGGGAGAUUUUGAACAAUUGAGAUUAUUAAGGUAAACUGAUGUUAUUCCAGUGUGCUUUGAUCUAUUAUCUGGCUUUUAACCUCCCCAUCUGGUAAACAGGAUGUUAUUGCUUCCAUUUUAUAAAUAUGAAAACCAAAGAAGUUCAAUUAUUGAUCUCACAUUGCUAGUUAUUUCCAUAGCUAGGGUGAGAUCUGAAGUUUCUUUCUACUCAAGAUGAUUAUUGGAACAGCUGCUGUGUGAAGAUGGUAGCUAAGGGUAUUGGGGGUCAUUUAAAUGUGGACAAUCAUGAGAAUUGAUUUUGAAAAUUAAAUACCAAAUCAAAGAACUUACUGAAAAUGUACCCUGCUGUAUUUCAUAUGAUCUACUAUGAUUACCAUGUGUUAAUAUGAGUAAUCAUUAGUACAGUGACUAAGGAAAGCAUUGAAUAAUCUAAACCCAAAGAAAACAGGAGCCAGGGAGUGACUCGUGGUGGAGUCAUACUUGGCAUGAGUGAGGCCCCGGGUUUGAUCCCCAGCACAGAAAGAAAGGAAACAAAACGGGACAUUAGGUCAUUAUCAUUAAAAGUUUUAGAAAUCUCAUACAAAUUUCAGAUUUAAGUAUAGUUUCCAUCACCUUGAUUCAGCUGUUUGAGCUUUAGAACACAUGUGAUUUGGAUAGUAUUAGAUUACUCAACUUUCCUGUCUGUAUUGUAACACAGUUCAUAGAUGCUAAGAUAAAUUACUCUUUUUAACAAUCAGGAAAAUGGCAUAGCAUUUCAUUUUAUAUGUGUGAAUAAUAGUAAAUCAUUGUUUCACUAUUUUCAAUACCAGAAAAUGAGAAAGGGACAAUAGAAAUCAGCUUUUGAUGAGAAGAUAAGGACUUUUGUGUGAUUAUUUCUCAGAUUUGGGGAUAUUAUGCUACAAAAGAUAUUUACAUAAUCUUGGAUAUAGUCUUUUGUAGAAAAAAAAAUAAGGCUCUCCCCAGCUAGUCAGAGGCUGUGAGGCUUCUCCUGGCAAUACUUGUCCCUGCACUGCAGGCCUUAGUUUGGUGGUGCUUGGGGCCAUCAAAACCACAGUAACAGCUAGGACCGCACCCCUCUGUUUGUAGAGGGACCACGUGGUGUUGAGGAUGAAAUCUGGCCUCACUUGUGCAAAGCCUGGGCCCCACCCUGCUGAGCUAAUCUGGAAAUCACUUUUUUGCAUGUUUCCUUUUGGCUCAGCUUUGAAUUCAAUGAAUCUGCAAAAUAUAAGACUUUGGCAUACUUACACUUCAAGACCUGUAUCGCUAUUUCUCAGAUUAUGCAAGAUUUCAAACAACUUGUAAAUAUUUAAUUCAAACAUUCAGAUAAUUGGGAUAUGAACUUUUCAAAACAAAGAAAAGUCUUUAUGUAGUUUUAUGCAGAACUGAGAACAUUACUAUAUGAGAGUCAUAUAUAUAGCUUCAUUUUUGGUUAUGUAAAAUUAUUUUCAAAUUGUGAUCUCUGAUAACUGAUUAAAUACCUUUUUAAUAACACUUAUACUUUGAUGAAAGCUUUUCUGAAUAAAGUUUUAAAUGGUAUUCUUAUUAUGGAAAUGUAUUUUUAUAGACAUUGAAAUUUAUUUUGAAAUAAUUUCAUAUGUUCAGGAAAGUUUUACGGAAAAGAAAAAUAACAGGAAUAAAGAAAGGAGGAAAGUAAAUAGAACCUUUUGUCCCCGCAACUGUUGAGCCAGUGAUGUCUCAUCACCUUGAAUGCAUUAGUAUGGAUUCCUAAAAAAGGGUGCUCUAUUUCACAAUAGUAUAACAAAACCAGGAAAUUAACACUGUCUUCCAAUAUCUCAUCCACAGACCCUGUGUUUUACCAGUUGAGUCAGUAACGAAGGUCCUUUGUAGUUAAAAGAUCUCAGUUUGCAUUUAGUUAUGUCUCUUUAGUCUUAAUCUGAAAUAAAUGCUCUUUCCUUGA